AUGGCCGCCUCGAUUGAGUCACCAACCCAGUUCGAGCGCGAUCUUCGAAGCGCCAACCAAGAAUUCAAAAGAUCAAAGGAUUCACGGUCCAAGUGGUCAAACGGAGCCCGCCCUCUAGCUGGUUGUCAUCUUGACUGGAACACUAUGGAGGCUGUUGGUGGAAGCGAGCACCAGCGAGGCAUGGCCCGCCCUCGGGUCAAGAACAGUGAGACCUCCCACUACAAGAAGACGUUGCACAACAUAAGCAAAUUCCGGUCACACUGGGAGUUUCCCCAGGGACGGCUGCACUCGACGGCUCGUGCCAAGGAACAUAUUAAGGAUCCUCUCAGUCGGUCGGUCAUGAACAUGGCGCCAUCGCCAGACGUUUUGGGCGGUCUCUCUGCCUCGGAGGACUGGAAGUACAGCUUUGAUCAGGUCGAAAGCCCCGGUCGACCAAUGACUCUCGAUGUCUUCGUCAAGACUACGACGGGUCGCGAGACGGAGCGUAUGGUGGAGAAAGAGUACGAAAUUCUUAACGAGAAUGGCCAGGUUCUCAAGGGCCGCAAGGCCCGGCAGAACCUGCGCCAGGAAGGCGGUCGCGUCUCGGAGGAAGAUGGUUUCCAGCUGGUCUGA